AUGAAAAUGGAAGAAAGUAAUCACCAACCAUCUGGUGUCAGAAAAGAAUUUUCCCAGUCGAUGCAGCUGAACAUUGCACAAGUAUGGCCGUGUCGGUUUUGCGCUAUAAUGCUUGGUAUUUGUCAUUUAACACUUGGGAUUAUAUUACUUAUAUUCGAUGUCGUCACCAAUAAUAUCUCGGAAACAGCUUUUGCUGUAACAGCAUCACUGUUAUUUAUCGUCUGCGGAAUUUUCUCAUUUAUUUCGGCAAGGAGGUUAGAUCGACCAGCGCAAUUAUUAUUGUUGUUUUUUUCAAUAUUUUCCAUGGCAAUGAGUAUAACAAUGUUUGUGGACAGUGCCGCUUUAAUAAAUUACAACUGCGAUCGGGACGAGUGCCAUGGAGCAGUAACUAACGUCCACGUUGUUCUCCUAUGCUUCGGUCUAAUCAAAUUUACAGUAAGUAUUGCGACAAUGAUUGUUUGUUUUCGAUCAUUGAGACAUGCUUAUCGAGUAAGAAAAGCAAGUUCGCCGUAUAGCACAUUGAUCGAAGGGCACUAUGAUGCCUUUUAUAUUACGCCAAGGAAAAUGAGUGUCCACAAAAAGACCUCGAAAUGCAGGAGUAUGUCUUCAGGUGAUCAAAGACUUCGAUAA